AUGAUUAAUGUUUUUAUUUCACGAAGCAACAUUCUAUUAUGUACAGGAGUACGCGUUUUCGCUGGAGAGGAGGGCUUCACAGAUAAUGGAAGCUCUGAUAUUUAUCGUUCAUUUUCGUCCUGUACAUUAUCAAAAAUAUCAGGACUUGUGGUUGGUAUUAAAUUGGGAUCGGCUCUGCUAUUUACAGUAGCGUUAUGUAAUGUUGAAGGCGUUAACGAAUCGUUUGUAAACGAUGUAGACGAAAGAGUAUCUGACGAUUUCUUAUCCAUUUCAGAUUUGUCACACACCAACGGAGACAUCUCAAAGAAUGGUGCAGCUUUUUUCUUACCAACAGAAAUUGAUGUAAACUGCUUCAUAUCAAAUGGUUGUACAUUGUUCAUUAAAGGUAAACCGAUAUCUAAACCCGGAAGCGGAUUCAAGGAAGAAUACACCUCGGAUACAGAUAAUGGUUUGACGGCGCUUGGCCCUAUCUUAGCAGUAAUCUUUUUGGAUCGUUUAUCAACUUUUAACGUGUCUUUCUUUUGUUCUUGUUUUCGCACUAGUUUGUUUGAUGCUGAUGAUGAUCGAGAAAGCACGACGGAAGAUGAUAUCUCGAAAGCACCGGGCACAUUUUGUUUUAUCGGCAGCGCUGCUGCCCCGAACGAUAACGGAGCCAGCGGAGGAGGGAGCGAUUGUCUGAUUGAUCCAUUCUCGCUUGCUGGUACCUUACGUGCGCGAGAAAACUGCGCGGACGGUUUUGCUGGGAGUCUUCCUGCUCCGGAUGAUGAAGAGGAAAUUUUGUUAAGGUAUUUUUUUAUCAAGAGGCAUACUUACGAAAACUCCACUCCGUACCGGCUCUGUGACUGUCCAGAAGCUUAUACGCUCAGGAAAAUGCAAAACAUUUAUCAUGAUCAUCGAUAUGCAACAUUCGCAUCACAGCCGAUUCUGGAAACCGAAAUGAUGGAAAUUAGCACCUCCAAUCCAUCGGUGAUCCAUGCUCCACCGUCUGUUCCUUCGGUCGUCCCCGCUGUUAUUCUUGAUUCGACAUUCUUGGCUGUCUCAUCGUCACCACCACCUAUAUUCGUUUCGUCAGAUAUGUUGACCAUCCCAUCGUCACCGCCACCCAUCACUGAUGUUUCCGGUACAGUUCUUUUCGGUGGAUCUAUGCCCAGUUCGUCAGGUGGAUCCAUGCCGGGACAGCGAUCCUCCUCCGGACCGUCAUUGUUGACCAUCUCAUCGUCACCGCCACCCAUCUGUGAUGUUUCCGUUCGUCAGCCAUGCCGGGACAGCGAUCCUCUUCCGGACCGUCAUCCUCGCCCAGUCUGACGUCUGUACCUGGUUCAUCUUCAUCAUCCGGCGCGUAUAAUAAUUCACUUGAUAAAAAAGUGGACAUUCUUAUAAAACUAUCGAAGCAGACUGCGGCUGAGGUCAAAAUUAUGUUUAAUGCAAUGAAUCCGAGAGCUGGGACAACCUCACGCAAUACAGCCAUCACAGCCAUUGAAACAAAAGAAGAGUUAGAAGCCUUUAAUGCUAACUUAGAGGUUAAUACGUAUAUGGCUGAGAUGCUAUGCUCGCUUUUGUAUGCAAUUGACCAUAUAAAAUAUGUUAAAGAAAGACUUGACAAAAUAAUAGAUCUAUUGUUUUCUAGGGAAUUUCUUUCAAAAUGUAGUUGGUCAGGGAUUGGUCGUCCCAAUCAAAAAGUCGCAUUUGCUGCGUUUGAAAAUGUAUUCGUUUUAAUCAAAUUUGCUGGAGGAAACAAAUUUCUUCAAUUGAAUGACGACUACGUGAAGAAGAUUUUAGUGAGUAAAAUGGAUCAUGGGAAGGGAAGAAAUGAAACAAAAACGUUGCAGGAAAUCGUUUCACUUAGAAGCUUAGAAUAUUAUAAGUAAAUUUGUAAAGAUUCACAGAAAUAUAAAAAAUGUAAACAAUUA